CACUGGGGGGGAUCCCCCUGCCCGGUGGGUGCAGGGGGCUUGUGGCCUCCCAGGUGUGGUGGUGUUGGGGGGUGCUGGCCUCUCCUGGCUGUGGAAGAGCCUGUCCAGGGCUGGGGCCAGUACCAUGGCUGGCGGGACAUAGGCCCAGGUGGGCAUCCGUGCUGCCCCAGCCAGGAGGGUGCCCUGGGCAGGGCUGCCGUGGGGUCGGGCACACCAGCUCUAGCUCCUGGGCAGCAGAAGGCAGCUGGGCCCGUGCCCCGGGACUGGCCCCGUCAGUCCUGAGGGAGCAGGGGCAGAACCCAGCCCCCACCUUAAACCCAGUAGCCCCCAGAACCAGGCGGUAGGUGCCCAGCCUAUGACCACAUCACAGUCCCUCUCAGUGUGCAGGAGCAACACAGUCCCCACUAGUGCAGGAUUCCUGCAGCCUGAGCCAGGAAUGAAGUCCCUGGAGCAGCCCCUGAACCGCGUCACCUCAGAGCCUCGAAGCAGCCUCCAUGGGGCUCUUCUUCUACCUCAGGGCAGCUCCCAGACCCAGGCCUGCCCCACUUAUCCCAAAGUCUCUCAGGGAGGAACCGUCACCUCCCGUGGCCAAGGAGCAUCAGGCCCAGGAGGGUGAGGAGGCCGGGCACGCGGCGUGAGGCCCUGGCCCGUCACCACUGCACCUCACUCUCCCCCUGUGACUGCCAAGGGCCACUCGGGGACACCUGGAUGGGGGUGAGGGCCCUGCCAGGUGUGCCAGAGAAGUGGACACCCCGGCCUCAGAGACGGCCCUGCAGAGGCCCAAGGCGGACUGCAUGUGUGCGACGAUUCUCACUUGGGCCAGGGAGACACUGCCCUGGGUUUCCAGGCAGGCUUUUAUGAAUGGAACAGUUCCACGAGGGGUCUGCACAGGGGUUAGGGGACGCCCACAGUGGCCUGUGUCCCAGCAGGAGCUGUCUGGGCUGUGGGGUCUCACAGUUGAGGGCCCGGUGGGGGUCCAGAUAUUGGAGCCAGAGCGGCGGUGGCUGGGAGAGGAGAGCUGGGUGGUUCAGUUGGUGAUGCCCCAAGAAGUCAAGGUAAGUCGCCACGGAAGCCAGAGGCCGGGCUGUGCUGGCUCCUUCGGUGGCUGCGGCCUGGGCUCUGGGGCAGGCGCCACGUGGGCCGCAGUGUCGGGCUCAGCCACGUCUGGGGCUCCAGCUUCCUGGGCUGCUUCCAGCCACGGUGUUCCUGCACCACGCACCUCUCCUCGCCCGUCCACGGAUGGACAGUGUUGGGGACGUGUCCUGGUGGUCACAAAGCCCACGCGAGUGGCCUCACCCGGGACCCUGUGUGGCUCCGCGUGGCCCUCAGCCCCUGCCCACAGCUCCUGUGCUCAAACCCAGACAGGCCUAACAUUUCACCGGAGUGACGCUUGUCCUGAUCUCAGGAAUGCUCAAACCCAGACAGGCCUAACAUUUCACCGGAGUGACACUCGUCCUGAUCUCAGGAACGCUCAAACCGAGACAGGCCCACUAUUUCACAGGAGUGACGUUUGUCCUGAUCUCAGGAAUGAAAUGAGGUCACGGGCACCUGGGAAAGAGCUGCUCACCCCCUCCCCACCUCCUUUCAUUUAAAAGCAGUUUUUGGGGAAGACACUCCACAACCAAGGGCUGCUCUGAGGAAGGCAGGAAGGAGAGGAUUUCUGGAGCCUGGGGCCUGCUGGGGGCUCCCUCUCCCCUCCUCGCCUGCCUUAGACAGAGGUGAGGCAAAGCCACCUGCGGCCCCAGAGGCCAGGUCCACGUGGAGUAGGUGAUGCUGGUGGGGAAGGCUGAUGGCCACCGCCAUAACCGCACACCCCCAGUGUCCAGCAACCAAGGGUAACGCCAGCCUCUGGGACCUGACCGGUGUCUGUGCAGGCUGUGCCUGCAGUGAUGCGGCCCCUGCCCGGGCCUGGGCUGGAGGCCGAGGGGUCUAUGGGAGAGCACGGGCUGAAAGAGGGUUCUAGAAUGGGGUCAGGUAGAGUCCGCGUUUGUCUCUGAGACGCCUGAGCAGCCCCAGGGGAGAUGACCAGCUCUGGGCGGUGUCCAGGAGGGAGUCCAGGCCAGGGCUCCACACACGGAGGGUCCCAGCAGUCAGGUGAGGCCGACAUUCCUGCACACAGGAUCCUGGCAGGCAAGGUUGGCAUUCCGUGCUGCUGGGGCCGUGUUGGGGCUUCCUGAGGCUGUGGUGGCCACGGGUCCUGAGGAGGACGGCAGGGGAGGGAGGCCACGGGUCCUGAGGGGAGGGGGAGGGGCUGCCAACCUUUCUCCAGGGCAGCGCUUCAGGUCACGCCCACUCUGGGGAGAGCAGCGAGGCCUGGUGGGGCGGGAGCGGAGAAGGCAGCUCCACCAAACACUUGAGUCCCGGCGAUGGUGGCUCCUUCUGGCUGCUGCAAGGUCUGAGCGCCAGCGGACGUGGGGCAGGGUGCUGGCAGAGUGGGUGGGACCCGCCUGCGGCCCUGUUUGCUUCUGUUGGGGGGCAGCUCCCGGAGGCCGGGCAGAGUAGCAGAGUGGGCCAGGAAAACCUCAGGGGCCUCUCCUGUUGGCCCGUCAGCCUGUCCAUCUCUUGUGACCUUGGGGCGUGCUCUGAGGGGGGGUCCCAGGCUGACUCGACAGAAGCCGAGGUGGGGCAACCCUGGUGCGUUCUGGGAGCCGGCAGCGCGUCUCCUGCAGCAGAGCGAGAGGGAGGAGCCCAGAGCACGCAGCAGGAGUCUCUGUUUCCUUCCGAGUGCGUGGGAUGCUGCACCAUAGGACACCCCCGUCCAGACGUCUCCACGUCUCUGUGGCAUCCAGCCCCCGAGUGCCCAGAGCCCCCUCCGCAGCCCCGGGCUUGUGUGGAACCCAUCUGUGAACUGGAUGUGGAAGGAAGGUCCCCGAGUGCCCACGUUUACAGGGACCCUCGGAGACCCUCACUCAGACUUGGGAAGCCCAUUGCUCACAUGGCCUGGCCGCUCCCAGUGGGCAGGAGAUGGAGAAGCCACAGACAGCAUCCUGGGUGGGGUCUGUGGCGGUGACCCAGCAGACAUGCAGGGAACAGCCCUGCCUGUGGAAGCAGAUGCCGGGGCAGGUGGCAGUGCACCUCGAGGAAGCCUCCUGGACGCGGUGGUGGGGAGGGCGAGGGUGCACGUCUCAGGCCGGUGUGCUUCCAUGUCUUAUCCCACAUCUGUGGGUUUGAGCUCGGUCUGGGGUGCCAGCUCCCACCAGGCCAGCCACCCCUUGGAGACUCACCCUGGGCUCUCCUGCCACUCAAGGUGGAGACUCUGGGGACAGCCCUCCUCCACGUGAACAGACUGACCGAGACACCUCUCCACCACCUCCCUCACGCUGUGACCGCUCGGCCCCCCCUCCCCAGAGGCCACCCGCCCUGCGAAGCCCCUCUUGGCCCUUGGCAGCUGAUGGGAGACUCCGGUGCUGCCAGACGACCCCUUCGCAAGUCUGUGGUCGUAGGUUCUUGUUCUCGGGAACUGCGAGUUCACGUACUACCAGCGGGACAGACAGAGGGACGGAUGGACGGCUGGACAGGCUGGAGGCCCCUGCCAUGGGGCACUCACCCUGCGGGACGGACAGAGGGACGGAUGGACGACUGGACAGGCUGGAGGUCCUCUGCCAUGGGGCACUCACCCCGCAGGACGGACAGAAGGGGCGGAUGGAUGGCUGGACAGGCUGGAGACCCCUGCCAUGGGGCACUCACCCCGCAGGACAGACAGAGGGACAGAUGGAUGGCUGUGCAGGCUGGAGGCCCCCUGCCGUGGGGCACUCACCCCGCAGGAUGGACAGAAGGGCGGAUGGCUGGCUGGACAGACUGGAGGCCCCUGCCAUGGGGCACUCACCCUGCAGGACGGACAGAAGGGCAGUGGACGGAUGGACAGGCUGGAGGCCCCUGCCAUGGGGCACUUACCCCGUGGGACAGACAGAGGAUGGAUGGACGGCUGGACAGGCUGGAGGCCCCUGCCAUGGACACUCACCCCACAGGACAGACAGAGGAUGGAUGGAUGGCUGGACAGGCUGGAGGCCCCUGCCAUGGGUACUCAUCCUGCAGGAUGGACAGAAGGGUGGUGGACAGCUGGACAGGCUGGAGGCCCCUGCCAUGGGGCACUCACCCCACAGGAUGGACAGAAGGACGGAUGGACGGCUGGACAGACUGGAGACCCCUGCCAUGGGCACUCACCCCGCAGGACGGACAGAGGAUGGAUGGACGGCUGGACAGACUGGAGACCCCUGCCAUGGGCACUCUCCCUGCAGGACGGACAGAGGAUGGAUGGACAGCUGGUCAGGAUGGACAGAAGGGCAGUGGAUGGCUGGACAGGCUGGAGGCCCCUGCCAUGGGCACCCUGCAGUUGCUCGGCUUCCACGGGGUCCUGGGAAAUUUCCAGUGUGUGGGUUACGCCUUUGUUAUAUUCAGCCGCCGGCAGGCUGGGCAGGCACCUUCUGAGGAAGCGUUGCUGCAUGUAUCUGCGGCUCACGGAGGCCUUCCUCUGUGUGUGACUCACACCCACCCACCCCAGCCCACUCCUGGGAGCCCCGUUCUGGGGGCUUUGGAGGCCCAUCCAUCCUUCCCUAGGGACAGAAGUGCAGGGAGCGGCAUCCCUGGCACUACUGUCUCUGGUGAACUUGGGCCAGGACUCCCUUUGCUGGACAUAGAUCCUGCCCACACCAGGUGACCAUGGGGUGACCUCACAGGGUGUGCGGGGUUCUGAAGCCGCCACCCUCCUGCCUGAGUCCUGCACUUUGACCUGGGGCUGCUGAGCCCAGAACUUGAGAGGGUUGGCUCAGUGGGGCGUGGGGGCCUUGGGUGGUUGGGUCCCUGAGACAGGCCAUCUGUGCUCUCUGUAUGGCAGGCUGCGGGGCCCUGCUUGCCUGGGUCCCAACGUGGUAGAACUCGGCGUUUGGUGGGGGCCUGCUGGGGGCAGGAAGGGGUGGCGCCCCACCCUGAGCUGGUAUCCAUGCUUCACUGGAGCCAGGCUGAGGGCAUGGGCAGAAGGUGCGGACCUGUCUGUCCCUUUGAGGACUGAGAUCAUGACCACCACAGAGCGAGCACCUGGGUCCUCAGAUCAAAGGCCCAACAGCCAGCGAGGCUUCUGCACCGGUCCCAGCAGAAGCGGGGCCUGGCUGAGGCAGUGACAUCACAGACUGGGGGCAACACGGGCGGAAGGGGGUUUCAGCGUCCCGCAGCUGCUGUAACAAGUCCCCGUAAACACAGUCACUCAGAACGGCACAAGCUGGUGGCAGCAGUGGAGCUGGAGGUCCAGGGCGGGUCUCACCAGGCUGAAGUCAAGGUACCGACCUCAGGGGAAUUGGUUUCCUGCUUUUCCCAGCCUCAGAGGCCCCACUUGGCUGUACCUGGGCAGCUGCUCCGCUCCACAGGCCUGGCCUCGCUCAUGGGGCUCCAAGAACAGAACCUGGAUUGUCCUGAGGGCCCCGUGGUGUCCCCGUCGGGGCAAAGGAAGAUUUAGGAUGCACUGGAAGCCCAGAAGUCCAGAGAAGGGGCUCAGAGCCAUCAGUCACCACGGGGCACCUCGGGGGUCCCACGAACACCACAGUGGGCAUCAGACCCUGAAGCGUCGGGAAGGGCCUCGCCGCCUUGGGAGGGGUCAGCAAUUAGUGGAGGACCCUGGGCAGUGGCAGGGAGCAGUGACAAGGGCCCCCAUUCAGGCCUUCACCCCUGGCACGUGGAGGAGGUGCUGUCCUGCCCCAGAAGCCUCGAGGGCAACCCACACCCUCAGGAGGCCCAGCUGGGGGUGUCAUUGCAGGGCACCAGCAGAAACUGGGGUCUGAAAACAGUGGCCCAGAGUGGAUUUGGAACAGACCAGGGUGUCUCAGAAAAGAUGUUUCAUAAGGUGGGUUUUGAUUAGGAUGUUUAAAUAAAUGUAACUCAAUUGAUGUUAAA